UCGCGAGAACUCGCGAGAGUUGACUAAAAUCACGUGUAUGCGCCUCCAGUGUUUACAGCCUGAAUGGUCAUGGCGGGACAGCUGAAGAAGCGUCUGAAGGAUGCUGUAAAGAUCCUGGGAUGUGGCAGCACCUUAUUCCUGGGAUACCUCACUGUGACCGGGGACGAGCGCUUCUAUGCUACCACCCUCAUGCCCGUGCUGCAAAGACUUGUGGGAGCAGAAACAGCUCACGUCAUGGCUGUGCGCUUACUCAGCCUGGGCCUGGUGCCCAGAAGUCGCUACCAGGAUCCUGCAUCACUGGAGGUAAAAGUGAUGGGACGGAGGUUCGGGAAUCCAGUCGGGAUCGCAGCAGGGUUUGAUAAGCACGGCGAGGCAGUGGAUGCUCUGUACCGGCUGGGCUUCGGCUUUGUCGAGGUGGGAACAGUCACCCCGAAACCACAGGAGGGAAAUCCGAAACCCCGUGUGUUCAGACUGGAGGCCGACCAGGCGGUUAUUAACAGAUACGGUUUCAACAGCUGUGGCAUUGCAGCUGUUCAGGAGAGAUUAAAAGCCAGAGAAGUUGUUCAAUCUGGGCUCACAAAAGCAGGCAAACCGCUAGGCAUCAACCUGGGGAAGAACAAGCUGUCCACUGAUGCCGUGGCUGAUUAUCUGGAGGGAGUGAGGACGCUUGGCCCCCUCGCUGACUACCUGGUAGUGAAUGUGAGCAGCCCGAACACUCCGGGCCUCAGAGACCUGCAGGGGAAGAAAGAACUGCGCCAUCUACUGGACCAGGUACUGAAAGCGAGAGACAAUCUGCAAGGAGCGAAUCGGCUGCCAGUAAUGGUUAAGAUUGCUCCGGAUCUCUCCCAGCAAGACAAGCAGGACAUUGCAGAGGUCAUCACAGAGCUCGGUGUGGAUGGUUUAAUCGUUUCCAACACCACAGUGUCCAGGCCUGAGACCCUGCAGGACCACAACAGGAACGAGGUGGGGGGUCUCAGCGGGCAGCCGCUCAAAGAGCUGUCCACUCGUACAGUACGGGAGAUGUACACCUUAACGAAAGGGAAGGUGCCUAUAGUGGGUGUAGGUGGAGUGGCUAGUGGACAGGAUGCCCUGGAUAAGAUCCGUGCCGGAGCAUCUCUGGUUCAGCUCUACACAGCGCUGGUGUAUCAGGGUCCUCCGGUCGUAACCAAGAUCAAAAGAGAACUGCACGAGCUCUUAACGGAACAAGGAUUCAAUAGUGUAUCAGAAGCAGUAGGUGCUGAUCACAGGACGUCUGAUGGUGUCGGAUCAUCACACACACAAGGGAAUUAGGCUCUAAAGUGCAGCUCAUGUGUAACUCGCCAGCUCAAGGGAGUGGCUCAGACUGGUGUUAGAUGGUGAAGUCAGGUUUCCAGCGUCAGAUUUUCUCCUUCAUCUGAUCUGAUUUGUGGAUUCAGAUCACUGACGCAAGACCCUGAGCUGAAAUGUUUGAAUGUGGGCCAGUAUGGAAUUGAAAAGGUCUGAAUAUAUGAGGUGACAUGAUGAAACUCAAGUAUCAGCAGUGCGACCCAAGAUGUGGAGUGACUGACUUAAAAAUUUUUUUUAAAAAAACAUACUUUAACGGAGGGCAGAGACUUAUUCAUGAAGUGUAAACAAGCUGACCAUGGAUCAAUUUUUGUAGCGAUUAUGUGAUGUGCCUUGUCAGAUUUUUAAUGUAAUGUAAUAAUAAUAAAAAUCUUUUGAAUACUAAA